AUGAAAUCCCCCAUCCCUGACUACCUGAACCAAGUGCUGGAGAAUGCCCGCCCCAUCGAGGGUGGCAAGCCUGCCAGCUACAUUGAAACCCUGGCCAAAGCCGACACUUCCAAAGUAGCGGUGGCUCUGGCCAUGGUCGACGGCGAGAUAUACUCUGCCGGAGACGACGACGUUGAAUUUUCCAUUCAGUCCAUCUCCAAAGCCUUUGUCUACGCCCUCGCAAUUGAAGAUGCCGGUCUUGACAAGGUCCUCGAAAAGAUUGGCGUAGAGCCUUCCGGCGACGCGUUCAACAGCCUCUCCUUGGAACGCGGCAGCAACAGACCCAUGAACCCCAUGAUCAACGCUGGAGCCAUCACAGCCCAUUCUCUCAUCGGCAAACCGGACUGGACUAUGGAGCAAAGAACUGAACGUAUCCUAAACGCGCUUUCACUGUUGGCGGGCCGACAAUUGCACGUUUGCGAAGAGGUUUACGAGGCUGAGCUGCGAGGUGCUGACCGAAACAUGGGAAUCGGAUAUAUGCUCAAGGCCGCCGGUAUCAUCACUGGCGACGCGCAGCAAAUCGUUACAGGAUACAUUCGCCAAUGCGCCAUCAACGUCAAUGUCCGCGACUUGGCCACCAUGGCAGCCACUCUCUGCAACGCAGGAAUCCACCCAAUCUCUGGCGACAGAAUUAUUCCCCAAGACAGUGUCCGACAGAUUCUCUCAGUUAUGAGUACAUGCGGUAUGUACGAUGCCGCGGGCGAUUGGCUCUCACGAAUCGGUAUUCCAGCCAAGAGCGGUGUCGCUGGUGGUAUCAUCGGUGCUCUGCCUGGUCAAAUGGGUAUCGCCGUCUUCUCCCCCAAGCUUGACCACCGAGGAAACAGUGUACGAGGUGUAGCUAUAUGCGAGCAGUUAUCUAGCGAUAUGGGUCUUCACAUGAUGGACGUUAGCCAGAUCGCCCAAGCGACUGUGCGCACUUCCGUGGCUACUAUUGUCGCAGGCGACAACGAACCUCACCACUCCAACUGCAACAAAGAAAUUCUUAUUUUUAGCCUGCGCGGUGUCGUCCGCUUCGCAGGAUCAGAGCGCCUUACUCGCGAGAUCACACGCGUCCUAGGCGCACCAAACCCCGACGAUCCCGGCUGUGGAAGCAGCCGCCACGCUUGCGCUAUCGUCUUUUCAUUCCGCGACGUGUUUUCCUUCAACGCCGUCGCCCAACGAAUUAUCCAAGCCGAUAUCACCCGUCUACUCCUCGACGGAAGAACUAUAGUGGUUAUCGACCCUUCUGGCGUCUUGACCAUUGACACGGCGCGUGCAGGCGCAAAGCUCAAGGUUGUGGAAUCAGAGACAGACGCACGCGACUUUAUCGGAGGAAUCGGAUGCCAUACAGUCUCCAAGAGCGACGAAUGGUGA